UCUUCAUAGUUUAUGUCUACACACGCCAUUUUUAUUUAUAUUCAUAGGUAACGAAGUGGAUUUGUGCAACCAAUUUGUGAUAGCCGAGAGUUUGAGAUCAAGAGGGAUGUGUCGUCUCACAAUAUGUGUGUGAUGCGAAUCAUCGGUGCAUGCAACGCGUGGCAUUCAGCGUGAGGGCUAUUCAUGCGAACGCUUGAUCUCGCUGAUUAUUGUGAACACUGCAACGUUCUUCCCAGCACUCUUCUCGAUAAGAUGGACCAUCGCCAAAAGAUGGUUGUAGUUUCUCAACAAUCAAAAGUCAAAAUCGAGGAUGACGACGACGAGGAUGUGGAAGCACUAAGAUUGGCAGCGCUCCAGUCGCUACGAACAAAGGAUGCCAUGCAUAAAAGAUCAGCACUGUCGCAAAUGCAGAAAGUACAUCCACAAGUAACGCAAUCAUCUCGUUUUCCAUAUAAAAGUCAACGGCCUAUGAAAAAAAAUUACUACCACAAUCACAACAGAGUGCAACAAAGGCAAAAUGGCAAUGUGUAUUAUCAGAGCCAUCGUAAUCCGAACUUGAUAGCGAUAGUUCCUGUAGAUGAACCUUCUUCACUUGAACAAGCCCAAUCAACUUGUCCUGUAGAAAAGACUGAGUUAUGUGAAUCCUACCCUCAAGAAGUAUCAAAAUUCCAUCGUUUUAAAGAUAGUGGAAGUGCUUCUGAAGAAGAAGAUAUAAAAGAACAAAAAAGCAUUGCAACCUCUGUAAAAACAGAAAUUAUAGAAAAAGAGAAAGCGAUCGAAUUUUCAAUAGAGGUGGAAAAUCAAGAGGAAACUACAGAAAGUCUACAAAAGAAUGGUGAUAAUCAAGAAGGAGAUGGUAAUGACGAUGACGAUGAUGUACUCUUAAUGGCUGAUCUCGAGGAGGAAGAUAGUUUAGAACGUUUAAUGGACGAAAUGGAAAGAGAAAUGAAUGAUGAAAAUAAAUCAUCUGAAAAAAGAGAGAAAAAGUUGCAUAAAGGCGAAGCUAAAAGCAUAGUGAAAAAUGAUGAAGGAAUUAAAAAUGUAGAAUCAAAGGCGAAACAAUUGGAUGACAGCUAUAGUAAAAAAGAAAGGAAUAAUAUUACUACCUCAUCUCUGACGACAAUUGUCAAGAACGAUAGAAGAUCGAUCUCUCCACACGUAACAAAUCGAAUUAGUCAAAAACGUAGAUCGUUAUCUCCAAGGUCGCGAUCGCGGAAAAAAUCGCCAAAAAGAUCUCCCAGAAGGUCUCCAGUCAGACAGUUGAAAAAAUCUCCGAGGGAAACAUCGACGAAAUAUAGGUCACCACCGUCACGAUAUUCUCCUAGAUCUAGGUCACCCAAACUGUCACCACGCAGAUCUCCGAAUAGAACCAUGUCCACGAAACGAUCACCGCUCAGGAAAUUAUCACCAAGAGGCAGAUCACCGCUCAGAAAAUUAUCGCCAAGAGACAGGUCACCCAAACUUUUGUCGCGUUCCAGAUCGCCUCUGCCACUCAGAUCAAGGUCACCAAGACGAUCGAAAUCUCCAAGAUCACGUUCACCCAAAAUGUCACGGUCUAGAACGCCACGAUUAUCAAGAUCAAGAUCACCAAGAUAUUCACCACUUAGAUUUCCCAGAUCUAAAUCGCCUAGAUUAUCGCCGAGAAGACCAUCGCCACGUCGAUUACGGUCCAGAUCUAGGUCUCCCGGUUUGUCUUCUCCUCGAAGAGGAUCAUCUCAUUUGCGAUCGCCGAAAGCAUCACCACGUAGAACACCACCUCGCCUGAGAUCGCCGCGACUUUCGCCACGCAGAUCACCGUGGUCGUCCCCAAGACAUUCACCCCAUCUUUCCCCACGACGAAAGCGAUCCCCGAAAUGGUCACCUAAAGAAUUACCCAAAAAGCGUUCGCGUUCUAUCACUCCAGAUAAUUCAGACCGAUAUAUGAGAGAAACCUCUCCAAUUUUCAAAGCUACAGUAACGCCAGAAAUACCCAGAACAAAAACAAAGCAGAAAGAUGAAACAUAUGAAAGACCAACAAUAACGGAGACUACAAAAGAAUCUGUUGAUACAAUUUGUGAUCCUGUGUUAGAGGCAAGAAGGAAGAAAUUUGAGUCUACGAGACCUAUCGAUCCUAUAAAUGCUAAUAAAAGAAUUAAAUUAUCAAAAAAACAUUCCACAAAAGUCGAACCUUCAGAAGGAACGGAGAUUCAAUUGAGUGCAAAAAAAGCAAAUAAAACUGUAGGGGAGUACAAUGUUCAGGAAACGAAUUUAUGUUUGGAAGCAGAUUAUCAGCUUGAGGAGUGUGAAGAAACGAUGGAAAAUACAUCACCCAGCGUUUUUACAAGUACUAUAAACACGUGCAUUGAUGCAGAGCAACAAAAAACGGAAAAAGAAAAAUUUUCAAAGAAAAAGAAGAAGCGUGAUAAAGAGUUAUAUCAAGUAGGAAAGCUGAAGAACGAACUACCGCUUUCCGAACGUAUUGGAAAGGAUAAGAAAUGUAAGAAACGUAAGGACAUAGUCUCCGAAAAAGACGUGGAUACUGUAUUUGAAGAUGUAACCAUAGAAGAAGAAGGAGACUUACGAAUGGAACUUAGCAGAAGACGAGCAGAAAGAUUAAACAGAACAGUGCCGAUUCAGUCUGCUAGACUGGUGCAGUCAGCUUUUAAAGGCGUUGUUAAUGAAGCUGUGAAGAAUAAUGCAAAAGUCAAUCAGAGGCACGUCAUUAAUACUGAUGAAAAAUCUAAUCAAAAGGAGGUUAGACGAGUGACUGUGUUACAUAGACCACUAACUGAAUUACAUGAUUCUGAAGACGAAAGUACUCUUGAUUCGAAAGUACCUGUACGUCUCAGACUGGGACUCAAUAAGCAAGUGCAAGAAUCGAGAGAAUCCAAGGUUACUCGAAAAGCAACCAAAAGACAGGGUCGUAAGGAAUAAAAUAAAUACGCGUUCAUCCGAUUGCAUAUUUGUAUGAAGAAAGAAAAGCGGUUCAGCGUACCGCUCAUUAUGUUGUCAACACAUAGGAAGAUGCGCAGAUUAAUGACUACGUUAUCUCAUUUGAAAUGAGGCAUCUCCUUUUUUCUUUUCAAGUAUAAAAAGUACAUUAACAUUAAUAGUACAGUAACAUUAAUAAUACUUGAGAUUUCAAAUUUUGAUACCUUACAAUACAUUUAGAUGUAUUCGAUUAUUUAUCAUUAUACAUUGCUUAGGAAAAGUUGAUUUUGUGUGAUUAUAUUAAAUAAUUUGUUGUUGAAGAAUGUGUACAUAAUUUACUUUGAUCGCACAUUUAAUAAAAAAUAAUUAAUAAUCCCAAA